AAAAUGCGUUCGAGUAUGUUUGCCGCUUUUAACGUAAACCAAAGACGGUGUUGAAAGGUAUCGCGAAGAAUGAACAACGUUAUUUAGAUGUUGAUUUAAAGUAAAAUCGUGAGUCAAAAUACGUAAAUAUGAAUCCCGCGGAAGCCGAAACUAUUGCCGAUCUGGUGCAGAACAUGAUUAAAUCCUUUUUUGGAGAACAAAAACCAGAGUUGACCAGAAGAUUGAUGCGUUUUUCCCUUGGAUUAUUAUCAUCUACAGGAACAUUGAGAGAGGAUGAAAUGACUGUAGCAACAAACAUAAAGAGUAAAUUAUCACCACGUGAUGCAGUACAAUUUGAUAAACUACAUAAUGAUUUAAAAGAUGGGCCAUUGAAGAAUCGUAUAAGUAUUUUAUUAUUUCUGCUAAACAUGAGUCAGUCAGCAGAAGCAAUAAAGGAUAGAAUUUUUGCAUUUCCAGACAUGAAAUUGGGUUUAAGUACAAUUGCAUCUACUAGUGGACAAUCAUCACAAACAUGUUCCCAAACACAACAAAUUGUAUCACUGAAUGCUACAGAAACAAAUUCAAGAGCAUUGAUAGUAAAUCCGAGUAAAAUAUUCAAUGAAGAAUGUAUUUCAGAGGAUGUAUUGGUUCAGGACUUGAUAUAUUCUUUUCAAAGUGUUGAAGGAAAAAUUCUAAAGUUGGAUUCGAGCUAUGGUUUCCAGAUAGAUCCUGUAGCAAAAAUUAAUAGAUCACAAAAGCAAGCUGUUUUACGACUGAGUGAAUUAGGUUACUUACAUAAUGUAGUACGAAAAGGAUUGGAGAGAAUGUCUGUAGCUGGUGCAGGUAGAGUUGCUGAUAGUUUUAUUGCUGCACUGCAUAAGGAAUUGUCAGAGUAUUAUAGAUUCAUUGCUAUCAUGCAGGAAGAGGUGAAUAGGUCGCAAAAUCAAAUGGUUGCAUAUGGAGUUACAUUAUCUCAUUUGCACCUUUGGACAUGUGAUCCUCUGGAAACUUUAAAAUGGUUAGCGAGUAUAGUAAGAGCUUGCCAAGGCCAAAAAGGUGGUGCGUUGGCGUCUACUGUUUAUGAGUUCAGCUAUCAUGGAGAUGCUAUUGUGAAGAAUUUAGUCAAGAGAGUCUUGGAAAGUGUUUGCAAUCCCCUGUACAAUAUGCUAAUGAGAUGGAUUGCUGAUGGAGAGUUAGACGAUCCAUAUAAAGAGUUUUUCAUUCAAGCAUGUGCUGAUGUUAGUGGUGACAGAAUGUGGCAUGAGAAGUAUCAAGUGAGAAAUUCAAUGGUGCCAUCUUUCAUUAGUAAAGCUCAAGCAAAGAAAAUUUUAGGAACAGGAAAGAAUAUUAAUUUCUUACGCGAAGUUUGUAAAGAUUUCUCACCUUGGCAAGAUAGACAUGCAGAUAUGUUCAGAAAUUGCGAUGAAGAAUAUAAAGUCGAAGUUUUUUUUGAUAUGGAUCCAGAUGGUCACUUACAAACAAUGAUGAAUGCUGCUUAUAAGGAAACAUCAACAAGAGUUGUUGAAAUAUUGACAAAACAAUAUCAUCUCAUGGAUCAUUUGCAGGGAAUCAAAGGAUAUCUCUUACUUGGUCAAGGCCACUUUAUUCAACAUCUUAUGCACUUGCUGGAGCCCGAAUUAGCUAAAUCAGCAAGUUCUUUAUAUCCUCAUAACUUAUCCUCUAUUCUUGAAACUGCAAUAAGAGCAACUAGUUCAAAGUUAGAUGAUUUAGAUGUGCAAAAACGUUUAGAUGUUAGAUUAUUAGCACCAUCGGAAAAUGAGACAGGCUGGGAUGUUUUUAUUCUAGACUAUAAUGUUGAUGGACCUAUAGGAACGAUUUUAGAGCCAUGCAGGCAAACAUAUCAAAUGGUAUUUUUUGCAUUAUGGAGAGCAAAGAGAAUGGAAACGAUCUUGUCUGCAAUUUGGAAGCAACAGACAACAUCAGCCAAGAUGUUCAGAAAAAUGCCAGAAGUAUUACCAAUCCAGAAUCAUAUCCAUUUAAUUACUAGCAGCAUGGUUCAUUUGGUUCAUCAAAUGCAAUAUUAUUUUCUUUUUGAGGUAAUCGAAUGUUCUUGGGAUGCAUUUGCGAAACAACUUCUUCACGCAACAUCCCUUGAUGAUAUAAUUGUGGCUCACAAUCAUUUUGUAGAUUCUGUGAGACACGGUACAUUAUUAGACGAGAAAUCGCAGGAACUUAUGGAUCAUCUGCGUUCAGUCUACAGCCCAAUAUUAGAUCUUCAGAAUCUCGAGGAAACUUUUCUUGCACGUGCUACUCAGGAAUAUGAGGCAAGAUUAAACGCCGCUAAUUUCGUGCAGACGUCUGAGCAAACGAAAAAGUGGGGUCGUACAAUUAAAAAAGAUCAAGAAGCCAUAGAAAGAGAGGCUGCAUUUUCAAAAUAUCUAAACACACUUUCAAUACAUCUCAAAUUACUUUCGAAAACAUAUCAGGAUCGUGUACAGAAAUUUUUACUAAUGUUAGCUUCCGCUGAAGAUGUAUCGCUACAGUUACUUAGUGUACGAUUAGAUUUUAAUGAAUAUUACAAAAGUAAGGAUAGCCGGCUAGUCGCACCAUUAACAUACCAACAUCGUAGACAAAGCGAUCAGACUUUCUUUGGAUGCAAGUGACA